GUUAUAUUACUAAUUGUAGUCAUAACUCUGCCAGAGCUGGAGCUCUCUGCAGGUCUGUGGAGAUGGAUACUCAGGAUGGAGCAGAGCUCUGCUUUCCACAACUCUUCAACAUCUCCUGCAAGAAACCUACAACUCCUCUGUCUCAAGUUUUGCUCCUUUAUAUUGUUGUGUCCUCAAUGUCUCUGCUGACUGUGACUCUCAACCUGCUCGUCAUCAUUGCAGUCUCCCACUUCAGGCAGCUCCACACACCCACUAACAUCCUGCUCCUUUCUCUGGCUGUCACUGACUUUCUCGUUGGUCUUCUGUUUAUGCCUGGAGAAAUCCUGCGAAAUACAGCGUGUUGGUUUCUUGGUCAGCUCACAUGUUCAUUGUAUAAUUAUGUAUCCUACAUCGUUGCCUCUGCCUCAGUGGGCAACAUGGUGCUGAUAUCAGUCGACCGCUAUGUGGCUAUUUGUGACCCUCUGCAUUACCCCACCAGAAUCACAGAGGGAAGAGUGAAACUCUGUGUCUGUCUGUGUUGGCUCUGCUCUGUUUUCUACAGCUAUGUGAUUUUAAUAGAUGAUCUAAGUCAACCAGUCAAGCAUAAAUCUUGCUAUGGAAGAUGUAUAAUUUUCAUUGAAUUUAUUGCAGGAUUUGUUGACCUUGUUUUAGCCUUUAUUAUUCCACUUACUGUCAUCAUAGUUCUGUACAUGAGAGUGUUUGUGGUGGCUGUGUCUCAGGCCCGUGCCAUGCGCUCUCAGGUUACAGCUGUCACACUGCAGCUCUCAGUGACUCUAACAGCAACUAAAUCAGAGUUAAAAGCAGCCAGGACUCUGGGUGUUCUUGUUCUUGUGUUUCUAUUAUGUUUCUGCUCAUAUUACAUUAUUUCACUUUUUGGAAACGAGUUGCUCAAUAGCUCAUCUGCAUCGAUUGUGAUCUAUAUGUACUAUUUUAACUCCUGUCUAAACCCUUUGAUUUAUGCUAUGUUCUACCCCUGGUUUAGAAAAGCAGUGAAACUAAUUGUGACUCUACAGAUACUGCAGCCUGGCUCCUGUGAGGUCAGCAUACUGUAG